GCGCCUCCGGUGGCCGAGAGCAGCAUCGCAGAAGCAGCAGGACCGCUGCGACGAGCCACUGCGCGCCGCCAGGAGGGAUGUGACCCCGGAAUAAGACGCCUGUCGACAUCAACACUCCAUUCAAACACAGCGCACAAGAAAAAAAAGCUGGACCAGGAGGGAGCCACAGGAGCAGGGGGGAUGAACCGCGAGGAGGCCCCGGGGAAGUCUCCUGAAGACAUGUACAUCCAGCAGAAAGUGCGGGUCCUGCUCAUGCUUAAGAAAAUGGGAUCAAACCUUACGCCAAGUGAAGAGGCUUUUCUAAGGAGUUACGCAGGCGUGGUCCACAGUCAGAUGAGCCAGCUUCCACAGCACAGCAUUGAUCAGGGUGCGGAGGACGUGGUGAUGGCCUUCUCGCGGUCAGAGGCGGAGGAUCGACGGCAGUGACCAGCAGCUCCUCCUCACUCCUCCCCUCUGCUGCAUCUACGCCCAAAUGCUCAGGAACGGAGCAUCGACCCGGAAAGGAGGAGGAGGAAGGCGCCACUCACCAACCUCGGCCCCCCCUUCCUUUUUUUUUCGGCCUUUUUUUGUAAAAAAAAAAAAAAAUCUGUUCUGACUAUUUACGGGUCGCCCUGGGUUGGAAGUCUCAAAGGCUGUCAGUGAAAACACUCAAAAUGUCUUUUUUUUUUUUCAUUUGUGGGGGCUUUGUAUUGGCAGUCUUGUGGCGUGUUCUGUCUGUGGAUGUCAUGGCAUCAAGUGAGCAGCAGGGGGGCUUUUUUUAAGAAAUUGCCACAAUCCCCACAUGCUCCAUUUUAGACGUUUUGCUUUCAUUUAGUGUCGUCGGUCAUGGCACUCACUACGGAGGCCAAUGAGGUCUAAUUUUCUAGCAGACAUGCUAACGUGAGCCGCUGACCGGCAAACGCCAUUCAUCAGCAGUGGUCAAUUAGGGGUCCACACUGCGGUCAAACAAUGAUUUAUGUGCGGAACAUCGCGUGAAGGAUUUUUUUUUUUGUUUUGUGUUGUUUUUGUCAAUGUGUUGAUCCAGACUUUAUAAAUGAGGCCCCACUUCGCGUUCGUGCUGCUUUAUUAAGUGUGGAUUUAAGAAAAAGAAAAAAGACACUAGAAAGCACACAGUUGGGUUAAAAAAAACAUUUUAUUGUACAGAUAAUACAAUAACAAACUCAUUGUGCUGUUUUUUUUGUUUUAUAAUAAACCUGUCAAAUGAAAUUAGCGCAUUUGAUGAGUAGUCAUAAUUUAUUGUUUACUGAACUGAAUCCGCCUCCUUUAAAAAAAAAAAAAAAACCACAACAAGGUGUUAUUUCUGAGUGUAUCUCUUGCACUACUAUCAAUGGGAUAUUGGCAAUUUUGAUACAUUUUUAUUCUGAUCGGGACAAAUCCAUACAUUCUUUCAAAUGGACUCAAAGCUAGCCAGAGUGUUUGUCCAGCAAUACGCUCAGUAUUUAAUGUGUUUGAGUAACACGUUUUGUAACUUAAGCUAACUGUAACGUUUCAAAGCCAAGCAUAACUGCCUCCUCCGUGUGUUCCUGCGCUUCUUUUGCUUGGUCGGUGUUUGAAUGCGGUCAGCCGUCAAUUGAAACAGCCGAGAGAUGGGACAUAUCCAGGACAAAGAAAGGUCUUUUUAUGUUUACGUUUGUUUUUAAAACAUUCUUUUUGAUUGUCUAUGCAUUAUUUUGAUUCCCUCUAAAGUUUUCUUAAUGUACAUUUUGCUUAUCGGGGUUGUUCUACAACCUUUUUGUGUGUGUCUGAGAGCAUGCUGCUGUUGGAUUUGUACUGUGAUGACAUGCUGCCCAAUAUUGUCUUUGAUUUUAGAGAGGGUUGGGGACUUUGUAUAUUAUUUUCAUCUCAGUCGACAUUAAAUAUUUGGUGAUGGGUUUUUUUUGUAUGGCUGUUGACAAUGUCUUUGACCUGAAGCUUCCAAACUAUACCGACUGAACCAUUAAAGGCAUUUGAAACAGUGA